UUGCCCUUUUAAGUUGGUGUUCACAAGUGGGUGAUGGUUCCCAGGGCUUAUGUGUGUGUGUGUGAGUGUGAGAGAGAGAGGAGAGAGAGAGAGAGAGCUCUCGCAUGCGCGCCUGUGACUGCGGACCGCUGAGCUGCACAGUAUUGUGCCCGGGAUUGGGACAGCCAUCCAAGCCAGACAGCCAGACAGACAGACAGACAGCCAGACAGACAGACAGACAGACAGACAUGAACCGAUCGGGAAGGGAAAAGGCGUUGACAGCAGCCAGAGGCUGGGGAGCCGAGAUGCCUUGAAGCAUCUCUGAUUCUCCUCCCAACAUCAUCAUCACCAUCACAGGAGCACAGGGAAUCGAGGCGGGUUUGAAGCCAAGAUGCCGCUGAUAAAGAGGAUCAUUGAGCCUCGGCACCUGUGCCGUGGGGCUUUACCAGACGGUGUCACCAGCGAGUUGGAGUGUGUGACCAACAGUACUCUGGCCUCCAUCAUUCAACAGCUCGGGAGCCUCAGCAGACACGCCGAGGACAUAUUCGGGGAGCUGUUUAACGAAGCAAACCAUUUCUGCAUUCGGGUGAAUUCCCUCCAGGAGAGAAUCGAUUGCCUGGCGAUCAAAGUCACCCAACUGGACUCAACGGUGGAGGAAGUCUCGCUGCAGGAUAUCAACAUGAGGAAAGCGUUCAAGAGUUCCACAAUUCAGGAUCAGCAGGUGGUUUCCCGCAACACUAUCCCGAAUCCCGCCUUGGAAAUGUACCAACAGUGUGACAAGCCUCCGCCUCUCAACAUCCUCACUCCCUACAGGGACGACAGGAAAGAUGGGCUGAAGUUUUACACGGAUUCCUCCUAUUUCUUCAAUUUAUGGAAAGAGAAGAUGCUACAGGCUACGGAGGACAAGCGGAAAGAGAAGCGGAGACAGAAGGAGCAGAAACUUGUGGAAGAUGCCACGCGAGAGGUCAAGAAGGUUCGCAAAGCCCGAAAUCGCCGACAGGAGUGGGACAUGAUGGCCCGAGACAAAGAGUUCAGACCCGAUCACAGGUUUUCCCCAUCUCCCUACCAUGCCACGUCUUCCGAAGGCUCCGUCUCCCCGGACACCAGGUCGUACAUCUCCGACGCGGCGGAGCUCUCCUACCCGGCCAGCCCCAACCACCCGGCCCAGCAGGGCAGCGUUCCAGCCCUGUUCCCGAUGCCGGACAACAAGGAACUCCUGGCGGCCGUGACCCAGGCCCAGGAGCGAGGCUUCAGAUUGCCAGCCGCCGGCAUCCGGCAGGCGUCGCUGACCCGAGCCCAGCCGCCCUCGCACCCGGCGCAGCCCCCCGAGGCCACACUCAACGGGCCCCGACCACAGCUGCUCAAGGAGUACAGCGCCCAGGCCAUGCAGCUGGCGGAAUACUACGCCCCUCCGGCCCCCGCCCCCCCCCCUCCCCCGCCCCUCAUCCCCUCGGCCCAAACCGCCUUCGACAGCCCCAUCUCCGCCCCUCCCCCGCUGGCCGCUGCGGCUGCCAGCGGCCGCACGUACACCCCAUCGCCCCCCCCGCCCGCUCCCCCCCUGUCCUACACCCCAUCCCCGCCCGGGCCGCCCACCGCCCCCCCUCCCCCGCCGCCGGGCCCCCCACUGCACCCCGGCCCCCCGCUCGCCGCCCUCAUCGACACGAAGAAAUCGAACGUGGGGCUGAUGCCGAUCAGCGACGCUCGCAGCGACCUGUUGGCUGCCAUCCGCAGAGGGAUUCAGCUGCGCAAAGUCCAGGAACAGCGGGAGCAGGAGGCCAAGAAGGAGCCGGUUGGCAACGACGUGGCUACCAUCCUGUCCCGCCGGAUCGCGGUGGAGUACAGCGAGUCCGACGACGACUCAGAACUGGAUGAGAACGAGUGGUCAGAUUGAAGAGCGCCCUCGUCCCGUCCUGUCCCGUCCUGUCGUCCUCCCCCAUACCCCUGGCGCAUGGGAGCUACGUAUGUGCAAUAACCCAGCCGGUGGUCGGUCGGUCGGUUGGUCUGGUCUGUGUGUC